AUGGGUGAUGUUGGAGCACAAUAUUUGGCCUAUGCAUUACAGCACAAUAAGACACUCACCAUACUGAAUAUCGGUAAUAUUCGCAUUGGAGCUGUUGGAGCACAACAUUUAGCCCACGCAUUACGACGCAACACAACACUUACUAUACUAGAUCUCUGGUGUAAUGAUAUUGGAUAUAUUGGAGGACAACAUUUCAGUGAUGCAUUGCAACAUAACAGAACACUUACCAAACUGAAUAUCGGAUCUGAAUACAUUGGAGGUGAUACUAUGCAUGAGAUCAAUGGAUUUAUGAGACGCAAUAAAAGUGAAAGAAAAUCGGAAAUGGUAAUAAUAAAUGUAUUUGGAUGA